AUCAUAAAUCUUUCACUCGCACUCUGGUUCAGAAACCUUUCUUCUCUAGUUUUUUCAUUUUCAUCGUUUUUGUUAUCCAAAGCAAACCCCUUCAAAUCCCUCUUUCUAUCUCUCUCUCUCUCUCUCAUCCUUAGUUCUGAAACCCUAAGUUUUCUUUCUCACUCUAUCUCUUUCUCUAUAUAUAUAUAUUUGCUUUUUGGUUAAUUUUAUCGGGGACUUGUCGCCGCCAAGCCCUAGGGUCCGAAACCAGAACCCUAAUUCACAUUACGAAACCGCAGAAGUUCGCAGAAGGCUAUCUCUGAAGUUUCAGAAAGAAAUUGUUCUUAAUGGCUGAUCAUCGAAAUGGAAAUAGCCAACCCCCUAAUGGAAAAACCAGCACUGGAGCAGGAAGUGCCUAUUCCAUUGAUGUGAAAAAAUUCAGUGAGAGAUUGAAGUUACUUUAUUCUCACUGGAAUGAACAUCGAUCUGAUUUGUGGGGUUCUUCUGAUGUUCUUGCAAUAGCAACACCGCCAGCAUCAGAGGAUUUGCGUUACCUUAAAUCUUCAGCAUUGAAUAUAUGGCUGGUAGGUUAUGAGUUUCCGGAGACGAUCAUGGUUUUCAUGAAGAAGCAGAUUCAUUUCUUGUGCAGCCAGAAGAAGGUGUCUUUGCUUGAAGUUGUAAAAAAGCCUGCCAAGGAAGCUGUGGGUGUAGAUGUUGUGAUGCAUGUGAAGGUAAAGAGUGAUGAUGGCAGUGGUUUGAUGGAUGCAAUUUUCCAUGCCAUUCGUGCUCAAUUGAAGGCUGAUGGCCAUGAUACUGCUGUUGUUGGACACAUAGCAAGGGAGGUCCCUGAGGGAAAUCUCUUGGAAUCAUGGUCUGAGAAGCUGAAGAGUGCAAAUUUUCAGCUAGGUGAUGUAACAAAUGGGUUGUCUGAAUUGUUUGCUGUUAAGGACAAUGAUGAGCUUGUGAAUGUCAAGAGAGCUGCUUUCUUGACUACUAAUGUCAUGAAUAAUAUCGUGGUUCCAAAGCUUGAGACUGUUAUUGAUGAGGAGAAGAAAGUCACCCAUUCUUCUUUUAUGGAUGAGACAGAGAAAGCUAUACUGGAACCCUCUAAAGCUGGAGCAAAGCUCAAGGCUGAGAAUGUUGACAUCUGUUACCCGCCGAUUUUUCAGAGUGGAGGACAGUUCGAUCUCAGACCCAGUGCUGCCAGCAAUGAUGAGUUGCUUUAUUAUGAUUCUGCUAGCGUGAUCAUAUGUGCAGUUGGGUCCCGCUACAAGAGUUACUGCUCAAAUGUUGCCAGGUCUUUUUUGAUUGAUGCUACUUCAUAUCAGAGCAAAGCAUAUGAAGUUCUUCUCAAGGCACAUGAUGCAGCCAUUGGCGAGUUGAAGCCUGGGAAAAAAGUCAGUGCUGCUUAUCAAGCAGCCAUUUCUGUGGUGAAGAAGGAGGCUCCUGAAUUUCCUGAAUUUGUACCUAAUCUGACAAAAUCGGCUGGGACAGGUAUUGGACUUGAGUUCCGUGAGUCUGGGUUGAAUAUUAAUGCAAAGAAUGAACGGGUGGUUAAAGCAGGCAUGGUGUUUAAUGUGUCACUCGGUUUUCAGAACCUGCAGACUGGUCGCAGUAAUCCAAAGAACCAGAACUUCUCUUUGUUGCUAGCGGACACCGUGGUGAUCAACAAUGACAAGCCGGAGGUGGUGACAAUUAAAAGUUCUAAGGCUCUUAAGGAUGUGGCAUACUCCUUUAAUGAAGAUGAAGACGAACCUAAACCUAAAAAGGCGAAAGUUGAGGCUAAUGGGACGGAGGCAUUGAUGUCUAAGACAACACUGAGGUCAGACAAUCAUGAGAUUUCAAAGGAGGAACUCCGCAGGCAGCAUCAGGCCGAACUUGCUCGUCAGAAAAAUGAAGAAACUGCUCGUAGACUUGCUGGUGCUGGAUCUGGGUCGGGUGACAAUCGUUCUGCAGCGAAGGCUUUAACGGAUUUAAUUGCCUACAAGAAUGUAAAUGAUCUCCCUCCUCCGAGAGAUCUGAUGAUUCAGAUUGACCAGAAGAACGAAGCUGUUCUGUUGCCUAUUUAUGGGAGUAUGAUCCCUUUUCAUGUUGCCACUAUAAGGACAGUUUCCAGCCAACAGGACACCAAUCGGAAUUGUUAUAUCAGAAUCAUCUUUAAUGUGCCCGGGACUCCUUUCAGUCCUCAUGAUGUAAACUCCUUGAAGAACCUUGGGUCUAUAUAUUUAAAGGAAGUUUCAUUUCGAUCCAAGGACCCAAGGCACAUAAGUGAAGUGGUACAGGUGAUUAAAAACCUGCGAAGGCAAGUUGUGGCCAGGGAGUCUGAGAGAGCUGAGAGGGCAACACUGGUUACUCAGGAGAAACUCCAACUAGCUGGUAACAGAUUUAAGCCAAUAAGAUUGUCUGACCUUUGGAUUCGACCUGUUUUUGGUGGCCGUGGAAGAAAGAUUCCUGGUACUCUUGAAGCUCAUGCGAACGGGUUUCGUUUUUCUACCACCAGGCAAGAUGAGCGUGUGGACGUAAUGUUUCCAAAUAUUAAGCAUGCUUUUUUCCAGCCAGCAGAGAAUGAGAUGAUCACUCUCCUCCACUUUCAUCUGCAUAAUCACAUUAUGGUGGGCACCAAGAAAACCAAAGACGUGCAAUUCUAUGUUGAGGUGAUGGAUGUAGUUCAGACCUUGGGAGGUGGAAAGAGGUCUGCCUAUGACCCAGAUGAGAUUGAAGAAGAACAACGGGAGAGGGAUAGGAAGAACAAAAUCAACAUGGAUUUUCAGAGCUUUGUGAAUCGGGUGAAUGAUCUUUGGGGGCAGCCUCAGUUUAAUGGCCUUGACCUUGAGUUUGAUCAACCUCUGAGAGAGCUUGGUUUCCAUGGUGUACCUUAUAAAUCCUCAGCGUUUAUUGUCCCUACUUCAACCUGCUUGGUUGAACUGAUAGAAACUCCUUUCCUUGUCGUCAGUCUAAGUGAGAUUGAAAUUGUGAAUCUGGAAAGAGUUGGGCUUGGACAGAAGAAUUUUGACAUGACAAUUGUAUUCAAGGAUUUCAAACGGGAUGUUCUUCGGAUUGACUCGAUCCCUUCCACAGCGCUUGAUGGUAUCAAGGAAUGGCUCGACACGACAGACCUCAAGUAUUAUGAGAGCAGGCUGAAUCUGAACUGGCGACAGAUUCUGAAGACAAUUACUGAUGACCCACAGAGCUUCAUUGAUGAUGGAGGUUGGGAAUUUUUGAAUUUGGAAGCAUCUGAUUCAGAGUCUGAUCACUCAGUGGAGUCAGACAAGGGUUACGAACCAUCUGAUGUGGAACCUGAAUCGGAAUCGGAGGAUGAUGCUUCUGAUAGUGAAUCGCUUGUGGAGUCAGAGGACGAGUCGGAGGAAGAUUCAGAAGCAGACUCAGAGGAAGAGUUGGGGAAGACAUGGGAAGAGUUGGAGAGAGAAGCUAGCAAUGCAGAUAGGGAGAAAGGGAACGAGUCAGACAGCGAGGAGGAUAGGAAGAGAAGGAAAAUGAAGGCUUUUGGGAAGUCUCGAGCCCCUCCAAGUAGUAGCAUCCCAAAGCGGACCAAGUUGAGAUAGAUUGUCCUAUUGUUUGUUUGUCUUAGCCGUUAUAUUGAAGUGGUUUCCUGACCUAGCUUGGAACUUUUAUUUUCUACUAGUUUGUUUUUAAGGAAUUUCCUCGUCAUUUUGGUCUUCCUAAAUAGAUUAUGUUGCAGACAAGACUUGACCUUUUGCUUGUAAAUUGAUAGCAUGAUUAGCAUCCUUGCUGGAAGUAAAAGCUUUAUCGUCUAUUUUUAUGGUU